AUUGAUGCUCGAUAAUUGAUCGUUUGACGUUUCUGCUGUUUGUACAUAUUUACUUCUAGAGGCUUAUUGCCGAAACGUGGCCAGCAGGGAGGACAUCGGCCUGUAUAUUUCUCGUUCGACGCCAUCUAUUCCGUUUGGUCAAAACAUUAGCAUCGUUUGUACAUCGAAAACGCGCGUCCUCAGACCCACCGCGUUCAGCGAUGUUCGACAAUGUGUUUAUGAUCCAGGACCGGACGGCAUGGACUUCAGGUUUACUGGAUCGCCUCCAACUUGCGAAUUAAUAAAUUGCGGCGAACCCCCGUUCCUGCGCUACGCGAUUUACAAAAGACUGAACAUGUCUGACCCAAACAUUUUCAAUUAUGGCAGCAACUUCAUGUUCGACUGUCAACUUCCGUACAUUGCUACCGGAAAGAGCUCUUCGGGAGAUCGCACAGUUCGUUGUCAGGCAGACGGCACGUGGGAUUUCGGCAAUCUGCACUGCGAAGGGGUUGAAUGUCCGCUUUCAGAGAAAAUUGGCACAUCUUCCAGACCUCUUCCGGAUACGGCAUUCAUGUCAAACACCGAGAUUCCAUUUCUUGGAUACGAACCGCAUAAAGCCCAGAUGCACAGAAGUGGGUGGUGCGGCCGAGAAGACGCGUUCAUUUUUCUGUCCAUCGAUCUGCAAAAGGUUUACGUGCUUACUACGCUGCGCGUCACUGGUGUCGGAGGCAGUGGCAAACUUCAGGGUCAUCCGACGCGAUUGCAGCUCUUCUAUAAAGUUGCAUUUGCACAGAACUUCGACACUUACCCAAUAGAGUUCAACAUGCAGUCGAGCAACGACAACGAUAUUUAUUCAUUUACACUGAAUCCAACGAUUCGUGCACGCUACAUUCUGCUUGGAGUGGUAGAAUUCGAGAAAAACCCAUGUCUGAGAUUCUCACUAGCCGGCUGCGAGUUUCAAUCGGCAGAUGCGACAAAGGAGGCCAAAUACAAGGUUGGCUGGAAUGAUACCCUGCCGAUAUGCGUCGACAGUCUGCCACCGGUGUUUCAAGACUGCCCAGAAAAGCCGAUCUAUUCAACCUUAGACAAAAAUGGUCAGAUUGUGCCGGUGAAUUUUGAAACUCCGAAAGCGGUGGAUAAUUCUGGCAAAGUUGCUUGGAUCGACACUGAUCCUCCAAAUUUCCAAGUGCCGUUCUUCGUCACCAACGAUAUGAAUGUGACAUACACCGCGUAUGACUACUCAGGGAACAGUGUGAAAUGUGUCGUGCAGCUGAGAGUUCCAGACAAUCAGCCUCCGGAAAUAAUCUGCCCAGACUCGUAUUCUAUCUUUGUUGACGAAGAAAUCCCGGAAUACCACAUCGUUUUCAAUCAGUCUACGGUAGACGUCAAGGCGCAAGAUCCUUCCGGUUUAAAGGAGGUAUUUUUCUCUCCUUGGCAUGCCACCCUGAAGCUGAGGGAGUACGUUUCUGUCACCGUCACGGCCAUAGACAAUUUCGACAAUUCAAAUUCAUGCAUGUUUCAAGUGGUGCUGCAACCUUCCCCCUGUCAGACGUGGACUCUGGUUGCACCAGACCGCAGCACAAAGACGUGCACUUCAAAUCCGGGUAAAACAGGCCUGAAGUGUACUGUUCAAUGCCAGACCGGAUACCGCUUCUUGGACAACAGGUCGGAGAAGUCCUUUGAGUGCAGCUACGGACAAGAGUGGGCACCAAGUUUCAUACCGAUUCGACUUAUAGCUGAGAAUCCGGCUCGAUUCAAGUUCACCGCGUCCAUCACCUAUCCGAUUUCUGGUGUCUUGAAUGCCAAUUGUCUGAAAACCUAUGAAAACGUUUUGUACGCCUUGAUGGAGAAAGUGGGUGGCGUUCUGUCUCAAAAAUGCUCAGCAACCGUCGAGGUGCUGGUCCAGACAUUGGAAAUAACGACGUCCUCAACCUCAGACACGGUAAGUCGUGUGAUUUCUAACGUCUCGAUGCAGAUCCUGCCGACGGUCGCCAAUGAGGUAUUCUACAACUUGUGCAGCCUGACGUUGGGCACGAUGUUCGACAUGGCCAUUCCAAAUGUCGCCGCACCGGUCGCACCGUUGCUGAACGUUGACAUGGAGGUCAGCAGUGGAUGUCCUUCGCUGAAGGCGUCCAAAACCACGACCUUUAGUGGUUUCAAUUGUUCCACCGGAGAAGUUCUGCUAAACUUUGGCGAAAGACUCCCCAAAUGCGUUCUUUGCCCACCGGGAACUUAUCGUAAAAACGAGAACGACUGCGUCCAGUGUCCCCUUGGAACGUACCAAGACGAAUCAGGACAGAUGAAAUGCAAAGAGUGUCCUUUGGGAACAACUACCUUUCAUCAUGGCAUGGUUAACUCGACUUACUGCGUAGCAAUGUGCCAGAACGGAACGUUCAGUACUACCGGUGUAGUGCCUUGCCGCUCAUGCCCCGUGGGAACGUUUUCUCCAACCAACAUUACCGCCGGCUUUACGACUUGCGAGAAAUGCCAGAACGGAACGUUUAUGGUUGUCGCGGGUUCCAAAUCUUCCUCAAUGUGCAGAAAACCGUGCGACGUUGGCGAGUACUCAUGGUCUGGUCUCCAGCCUUGUUCCCAGUGCCCAGUGAACUACUACCAACCAAAUACGGGCCAAGUGGGCUGCAUCGAAUGCCCCUCGAAAACCUACACAGCCAGACCAGGUGCUAAUUCGUCCGCAGAUUGUGUCCCAAUCAAAUGCGACAAAAUAAAAUGCGAGAACGACGGAGAUUGCGAGGUACUUGACCACUCUAUUCGUUGUCGAUGUCUGCCAGGCUUCUCGGGUAUCUUGUGCGAGAAAACCGAAAACGCCUGCCUCUCCCAACCGUGUUUUAAUGGCGGACAUUGCAUCCAGAAGAAGGACAGCUUCACCUGCCAGUGCCCCGCAGGCAGCUAUGGCGACUUGUGCGAAUCUUCGUUGAAUGAAUGUAAGACGGUAGAGUGUCAUAAUGGCGGAGUCUGCCACAAUCUACCAGGCGUAAAUACUUUUGAGUGUCUAUGCCGGUUUGGGUACACCGGCGAGAGGUGCGAUAUAGUUUGGAACCCAUGUGAAGGUAAUGAUAACUUGUGUCGAAACGGGGGAACCUGCAAGCCGUUUUACUUUGGACUCUACAAGUGCCUAUGUCCUACAGGGUGGUCUGGACCUCACUGUGAGGUUAACAUCGACGACUGUGCCGAGCAGCCUUGUGCGCUGAACGCCACCUGCCAUGACUUGGUAAACGACUUUUCGUGCGAUUGUCCCCGUGGCUUUACCGGCAAACGUUGUGAAACGAAAGUUGAUUUAUGCAAGCCGGACCCUUGUCGUCAUGGCCAAUGCGUCGACAAAAUGUUCAGUUACUACUGUCUGUGCAAACUCGGCUGGACCGGUGUAAAUUGCGACACGGGCAUCGACGACUGUGCCAGUGCGCCUUGUCACAACGGAGGCACGUGCGUUGAUCGCGAAAACGGUUUCGAAUGUCACUGCAGCAGCGAAUACACCGGAUCACUAUGCCAGCACCCGGUGGAUCGAUGCGUCGGCGUCCAGUGUCUCAACAACGGCACGUGUCGAAGUGGCGUCAAGAGCUUCGAAUGCCUAUGCGAGGACGGAUUUUACGGUACGAGCUUCUCACGUGACUGCUGA